AUGGUGUCCCGCAAGAGCGCCGAGAAGCAAGUGAAAGACUGGGGCUUCGAACAUGUCUUCACCCACGCCUAUUACCCACCUCCCGCUCAUAGCGGCUUGACGACACAUCUUAUCUUCGAGGGCGAGCUUACGAUAUCCUACCCUAACGAUGCUGAGCCUCGGAAGGAGACGUUUGGUCCCGGCGCCCGGCUGGAUGUCGAUGCGGGAAGGAAGCAUCAGGUCUGGAUGGGAGCAGCAGGAUGCACGUAUGUGAUCGGAGAAUGA